UUCUCAAUAGGGGAAACAAGAGAAAAAUGUCUACAUUCGAGGGUGUCUUUGUUAGUGAUCCAUGGCUUCAAAGCCAAUUCACACAAGUGGAGCUUCGAAAGCUUAGAACCAAAUUCAUUUCAGCAAGAAAUCAAUCGGGCACGGUCACAAUAGAGGACUUGCCGCCAGCUUUGAUACAAUUAAAGCCCUUUAAUGAAAUAUCAAGCGAGGAUGACAUUAGAAAUAUACUAAGUGACUCUUAUUCCAACUUGGCCAAAGAGUUGGAUUUUGAAGCUUUCCUUCGGGUAUAUUUGAAUUUACAAUCCCGGACAAGUGCAAAAAUGGGGACUUCAAAAACUUUUAGAACUACUUCAUCUUUUGUCAAAUCAUCUACAACGACCCUUCGCCACAGCAUUAGUGAGUCGGAAAAGGCUUCAUACGUUUCCCAUAUAAACAACUUUCUUGGAGAAGAUAAAUUUUUGAAGAACUAUCUCCCAUUAGACCCUACAACAAAUGCUUUAUUUGAUCUUUGUAAAGAUGGAGUCCUUUUAUGUAAGCUGAUUAAUGUGGCAGUCCCUGGUACAAUAGACGAGCGAGCUAUUAACACUAAAAAAGUUCUUAAUCCGUGGGAAAGAAACGAGAAUCACACUCUUUGCCUCAAUUCUGCCAAGGCUAUCGGUAUCACUGUAGUUAACAUUGGCACUCAGGACUUGGCUGAAGGAAGACCCCACCUGUUACUUGGGUUGAUCUCUCAGAUAGUGAAGAUACAACUUCUAGCAACCGUUGAUUUUAAGAAAACUCCUGAGCUGGCGCAGAUGGUCGAAGAUAGCAAGGAAGCCGAAGAGCUCAUGGGUUUGGCACCAGAAAAAGUUCUUCUAAAAUGGAUGAAUUAUCACUUAAAGAAAGCGGGCUAUAAAAAAGAAGUUACAAAUUUUUCAUCUGAUCUAAAGGAUGGAGAGGCGUAUGCACAUUUACUUAACGUUCUUGCCCCUGAGCAUGGAACCACUAAAACAUUGGAAACAAAAGAUCCCACAGAAAGAGCAAACUUGGUUCUUGAACAAGCAGCAAAAUUGGAUUGUAAACAAUACGUUACUUCGAAGGACAUUGUGGAGGGAUCUACAAAUUUAAAUCUUGCGUUUGUCGCACAAAUAUUUCAGCAUAGGAAUGGGCUUACUAUAGACAAAAGUAAAUCUUCGUUUGCUGAGAUGAUGACCGAUGAUGAAAGCACAUCAAGAGAAGAAAGAUGUUUUAGGAUGUGGAUCAACAGUCUUGGAGUUGAAACACAUGUUAACAACGUCUGGGAGGAUGUCAGGAAUGGAUGGGUUCUUUUGGAAGUUCUUGACAAACUUGCCCCCGGAUCGGUUGUGUGGAAGCAAGCAUCAAAACCUCCAAUUAAAAUGCCUUUUAGAAAAGUCGAAAAUUGUAACCAAGUUGUAAGGAUUGGAAAAGAGUUAAACUUCUCCCUGGUCAAUGUUGCUGGAGAUGAUAUUGUUUCGGGAAACAAAAAGCUUAUCAUAGCUUUCUUAUGGCAGUUAAUGAGAUUUAGCAUGCUUCAACUCCUUAAAAACUUAAGAACUCAUGGUCAAGGAAAGGAGAUAACAGAUGCCGAUAUUCUACAAUGGGCAAACCAAAAAGUGAAGACUUCAAGAAAAUCGAAACAAAUGGAGAGCUUCAAGGAUAAAAACCUAUCGGAUGGUAUUUUCUUCCUUGAGCUUCUUAGCGCGGUGGAAAAGAGGGUUGUGAACUGGGGUCUUGUUACCAAGGGGGAAACCGAGGAGGAUAAGAAGUUAAAUGCGACGUAUAUCAUUAGUGUUGCUAGAAAGCUUGGGUGCUCAGUCUUUUUGUUGCCCGAGGACAUUCUUGAGGUUAACCCGAAGAUGAUUUUGAUACUAACAGCAAGCAUAAUGUACUGGAGCCUGCUACAGAAGGCUAAAUCUGAUGAAGAUGAUAGACCACCCGAUGAAGAGGGCAAUGCGCCUGAAGAAGAAGGCAAUACACCUGAAGAAGAGGGCAAUGCGCCUGAGGAAGAGAGCAAUGCAACCACAGAUGAAGUUGCUAAUAAAGUCGGUGUUACCCAAACGGAAGAAGGGACUACUGAAAACAAUGACUAAUUAUGAAAACAUACUAUUAAUCAUUCAUACUAAUAAGUAACUUUUUGUUGUUCCCUGCUACCUCUUCUGUUUUGCUAUCAAGUGGAGGAGAAAGCAACAUUAUUUUGUAUUAGAAUUGUAUUUCGCCAAAUGGCUAGACAUUAGAGGUCAUUUCGUGUUCAUCUUGAUUGAUUGAACGCAUUUGGGAUGAGAAUUGGAGCAA